CGCUGCGGUGCAUCGAGUUCAUGUGCUUUAUCUAAGAGUUAAUAGCUAAUGCUAAUGCUAAUUAUUUGAUGUUUUUGGUUAAGUUGAAUUGACUUGAAAAACUGACUAAUUCUUUAAAUUUUUUUCAAUAUGGUUGUAACAUGUGUUAUUGAAUUUGAUAAUAAUCCAUUUGGAACCUAUUAUGGUGGUCAAGUAAUAACGGGAAAAGUGACAUUACAAGCUGAUAAACAAAAGCAAGUAAAAGGAGUUGUGCUCAAAAUCAACGGUUGCGCAGAAACGAGAUGGGAAGAGAGUUCGAGUAAAACCGAAACCGAUGUACAUGGGAGGUCCUCAACAAGAAAGGAAACGACCUACUUCAGGGGUCAUGAAGAUUAUAUAAAAUCGAAAACAUAUUUGCUUGGUUCGGAUGAGAAUCAAUCAUCAUUGAUAGAACCCGGCAUACACACCUAUACUUUCGCCUGUCAUUUACCGCAUAACUGUCCCUCAUCCUUCGAGGGGCGUUACGGUAAUAUACGCUACCUGGUAAAAGUGGAACUCAUAAGACCAUGGAAAUUUAAUCAGACAUUUACCAAGGGCUUUACGGUAUUGAAGAUUAUGGACUUGAACUAUGAUAGUCCCUUAUUGCGGCUUCCUUGUCACACGGAAGCACAGAAGAUCUUCUGUUGCGGCCCAUUUAAAACUCAACCACUUGACGUGAACGUCUCACUGCCACAGGCUGGCUAUGUACCCGGUCAAACGAUGCCAGUCAGCGUGCACAUAUCAAACGAAAGCAACAUUAAGAUCGAAGAACUAAAAGUAGAACUGGUAAUGCUCGUCUGUUACUACAGUCAAACACCACGUACAGCCACCAGGAGUGAACGAAUUGUUGUGACGAAGGUUAAGGGUGACGGCGUGCCAGUGCAUUGUAAGAAGCAAUUCAACUAUCCGCUCGUAGUACCCGCGACACCACCAACCUGCUUCAAUCUCUGUCGCAUACUACAGAUUGCCUAUCAAGUAGAGGUGGAAGCUAAAAUGAAAGGUUGGCAUGCGAAUCAAGUGAUCUGCGUGCCAGUGACUAUCGGUAAUGUGCCGCUGAUGAGCGUAAUACAGAAACAGCCUACAGCCUGUGAAGCAUUUAGCAGCAACAAUCCUGAUGAGACAGCCGCUGCCGUAGCAGCUUUGUCCACAGACAUGGUAGAUGCUGAAGAUUCGAAAAAAGGGAUGGUGGCGGUUAAUCAAUUAAAAGGUGAAGGAGAAUUGGAAAUUAGCAGCGCGAUAAUGACGUCUGCACCGCCGAGCCCAUGGGCCGCAGAUGACAGUAUACCGCCACCCAGUUAUGAGGCCGCUCUGCAUAUGAAACCGGCAAAAAUCGGUGAAGGUGAGGCGCAUGACUAUGGCGAAAAAGAAUUCUCGCCACGCUAUCCAGUCUUCAACUUACCGAAUCGUGGCGCUCCAGACGUAGAUGAAGUGGACGCUGUUGGAGGCGCUGGCGCUCUAGCGACCAAUGGUGUCGCAAGCAACUCCUCUAACACAACGGCACAAAAGAGUACUUGGCUGUGAACUUGAACAAAUAAAAAUCAAUGUAAAUAACAAAUCUUUAAAUUUUUGUUUCAAGCGACCUUCGCGCUCUUAUCACUUUCAGUGUGUAACACU